CUCACAAACGUCAUCAGACUGGUACUUUCAGGCAUAGCGCAACUGUUUUGAUUUUGUUCCUGUUGACACAAACAGGCUCCAGGAUCAGCAGGAUGUCUGUGACCAUGACCAAAACUGACGGGGUCACCUUCCUCACUCUGACCACCGACCCUGAAAGCUCAUGUCCUCCACUGUGCCAGAUCCUUGGAGGCCUCUGUUACAGCCCAACUUGCUGCUCUGUGUCGCAGCGGCUGAAGAGGGUCCAGGGAGCUUCUCAGUCAGUGCUGGGGGCUAUACAAAUCAUGGCUGGGCUGCUCACCCUCGGUUUUGGAGUGAUCCUUCAUGCGAGUUACACCACUCCUUGGUGGGAAAUUGAAUACACCAUGCAUCACUUUUGGUUAGGUGCUCUGUUCAUUUUCUUCGGUUGCAUGUGCAUCCUGUCAGAGAAACGCCCCAGUCCCUGUAUGGUCAUCCUCAAUGUGAUUCUGAACCUAGUAGGAGUUGCGUUUGCCAUCACAGGCGUCGUCCUCUACACCAUCAACAUCUUCCUCAUCAGGCUGUGGUGGGGAAAUUGUGACCCAGAUGACUACUGGAACAACUACAGGUACAACUAUGGGGAACGGCCAACCUCGACUUCGUCUCCAGAGGAACAGCUAAUGAUGAAGAAGUGCAUCGAGAGCAGAGAACUGACUCUGCUGCUUUUGAGAAGCAUCAACGGCAUGCUGAUCGUCAUUUCACUCCUGGAGCUCUGUGUUGUCGUAUCUUCUGUUACCUUAGGGGUCAAGGCUUUGAAGAGAAGUGGCAAGACAGAGAACAAGAGUCCUGAUGAUCCAGAAUACAAACAACUGAUGGAGGAGAUCACCAGUAACCCUGCAGUCUAAAUAAAAAUCUCUGUUUGGUGAUUUUAAAAACCCAGACUAUAACACUGGGUGCUUCGUAUUGUUUAAUGCAGAUAUGAAUCAGACUCAUUUAACAAGCAAAGUCUCUGAUGAACUUCCAAAUCUUUUUUUAAGGACUUCAAAAUUUUUGUUUGUGUAUAUUUGAUUAUUUUGCUUAUAUCUGAGCUUUGAAUAUUCAAUCAAAUCAACAAAAGCUGAACUUUGGUUGUAGGUUUUAUAUUACCUUUAUUGACAUUCUGAAUGUAUUCUGUGAAUUAAUGCUUCAGACCCAGACCAAAACAUUUUUUCAUCAGGGGGGUCUUUUGUAUUUAGUGUGAUGUUUUUUAAAAUGCACUUAAUUUUUGUGGCUGAAAAUUUCCUUAAAAAGUGAACAGCCACAGCAGGUUUGUUCAAACUCGGUCAUUCCCACAUUUCCUAAAAAGCUCCAUUUUUAAGUUUCAGCUCCGAGAGCUCUGGCUUUAGUAAGUAAUAGAGCCAUCCGCCUAAACAGGUAGUGCUCAAGACCACCACAGUCCUCCACCACUCCACAGCCUGCUUCAGGGGACUCGGGAGGGGGAAAAUCCUCCACCUCUAAAGGUCGCUCUGAGGCAGCAGUGCUGCGGGACGCUG